AUGGAAGAAAACAUGGAAAAAAAAAGCAGGGGUCGUCAGAGGAUCAAAAUGGCCAAGAUGGAAAAUAAGAGUAACCUUCAAGUUACUUUCUCCAAAAGAAGAUCCGGUCUUUUCAAAAAAGCUAGUGAGCUUAAUACACUUUGUGGUGCAGAUAUUGCCGUUAUUGUGUUCUCAUCCUGUGGAAAAGUCUAUUCUUUUGGUCAUCCAGAUGUUGAAAUCAUGGUUAACCGAUUUAAACAUAUUAACCAGCCAUUUCCUAAUCCAAACAACAACAUGCCACUUAGUGAAGUGCAGCCGCAUACUCCCAUUCAACAAAUGAACGACUUUCUUACUCAGGUGAUGGAUGAUUUGGAAACAUCAAAAAAGAAAAAUGAAGAAUCAAAGAAAAAAAGAAAAAAUUCUAAAGGACCUGAGAAUUAG